UGAUUAUCUACCUUUAUAUGUCAGCGUUUGAUAUGAAUGAGGUUCUCUCAUAAGACCGGAAAUCAAGCAAUGGUAUCUACAGUUGAGGUGCUUUGCCUCCUGCUGGUUGCUGUGUUGUGGGGUGCAACAAACCCAUUCCUUAAGAAAGGCACAGAGGGAAUUGAACAUGUGAGGGAGGGUAAUAAAGUUGUCCAGUUCUUGGCUGAAGUGAAGUUCCUGUUUCUGAACAUCAAGUAUCUGGUGCCAUUCCUGCUGAAUCAGAGCGGAUCAGUGGUGUACUACUUCACUCUGGCCAGCACAGACUUGUCUUUGGCUGUUCCUGUGGUGAACUCCCUCACAUUCCUGUUCACACUGCUCACGGGGAAGCUGCUCGGUGAGGAUUUUGGAGGGAAAGGAGCUGUGAUAGGAAUGCUGCUCACCAUGCUGGGUGUGACUCUGUGCAUCGUGAGCUCAGUUACCGAGACUUCAAAUGAUGGACAUCAGAACAUCACCCUGAUAUCUGAGUGACCUAAUACUCGACUGGACCAAAAAAAAAAAAAACGCCUCCCU